AUGUUUCCUCGUGCUUUCGCCGCUGCCGUUGUCAUGCUCGCCACCCUCGCAUCCAUCGCCAUGGCCGCUCCAACCACCGCCACCUACACUGGUGGCCAGUGCAACACCGGUAGCAUGCAAUGCUGCAACCAGGCUGGGCCCGCGAACAAACUCCCUCUCGAUAGUACUGUGGCUGGGAUUCUCAGUAUCAUUCUCCCAAGCUUAAGCGUCCCCGUUGGUAUCAGCUGCACCCCCAUUUCGGUUAUUGGGGCUGGUGGAAAUUCUUGCACCGAGCAGACAGUUUGUUGCGAAAACAACAACUUUAACGGUGUCAUCGCCAUUGGAUGCACUCCCAUUAACCUCAACCUUUGACCGUUGGUCUAGAUCGGUUUGAUGCUUAUUUAGAUGAUCAUGUUUGUAAAUUGAUAAAACUUGUUUUGCUCUCG